AUGGCCGGAUAUCGCAGCCGGAGUCCGAGACGGAGCUACAGCCCGCGGCGGCGGUACAGCCGGAGCCCUCCUAGGCGCAAGCGCUACGACGGCCCCCGGGACCGCUACCGCUGGGCCGGGGCUGGCGGAGGUGGGGACCGACGUGGUUACGGUCGGCCGUCGGCGCAGUCAGGUCUCCUCAUCCGCAACAUCUCCCUCACAGCCAGGCCAGAAGAUAUUCGUGUUCCAUUCGAACAAUUCGGCCCUAUAAAGGACGUUUACCUACCUAGGAAUUUCCACACCAGGGAACUUCGUGGUUUUGGAUUUGUCAAAUUCCGGUACCCUGAGGAUGCUGCAGUUGCCAAGCAAGAGAUGAAUCAUCAAGUCAUCGGUGGUCGAGAAAUUUCAAUAGUUUAUGCUGAGGAGAAUCGAAAAACACCACAAGAAAUGUGCACGAGAAUAAGAACGAGUGGUAGGUACAUGGAGGGAAGAUACACAAGACGAUCACUAUCAAGAUCUCCAAGGUCUCGUUCCCACUGGGCAGGGGACGCCGGGAUGAUUAUUCCCCUGAGUACUCACACUCUCCACGUCCUCGGGACAACAGGCGCUACAGGUGAUGGUUUUGGUUUUGAAGCACGCUGUUGCUUUUGUGACGCUGCUUUAAUGCUUUACCAACCGAUGGUACCAUUGUGGAAGUUUGCGUUUUUGUUUUUGGCUUGA